CAGACAAAGAUCAUGAGGAUCUGUUCUGCAGAGAGAACCAUCAAUCUGUUCCACUGUCUGAAUGAACUGAAGAUGGUUCUCUAGUGGAGGGAUCCAACAGUCCCCGAGAUCAGAAGUCUCUCCACAGAUAACUGUCUCCUGCUCAAUGGUCAGCUCUGGUCUUCAUCUUACUGUCAUCAGAAGAAGAUCUGGACGUGUUGACCUGAAGAAAUACUCUGCUUCAGAGGAGGCUCUUCUGAGGCUGCUGCCAGUGGUCAAAGCCUCCAACAAGCUCUGUUAAGUCGCUGUAACCUGUCAGAGAGAAGCUGUGAAGCUCUGUCCUCAGUUCUCAGCUCCCAGUCCUCUAGUCUGAGAGAGCUGGACCUGAGUAACAAUGACCUGCAGGAUUCAGGAGUGGAGCUGAUGUCUCCUGGGCUGAAAGGUCCACACUGCAGACUGGAAACUCUCAGGUUGAGUGACUGUAAGCUGUCAGUGAGAAGCUGUGAAGCUCUGUCCUCAGUUCUCAGCUCCCAGUCCUCUAGUCUGAGAGACCUGGACCUGUGUAACAACAACCUGCAGGAUUCAGGAGUGGAGCUGAUGUCCCCUGGACUGAAGAGUCCACAUUGCAGACUGGAGAUUCUUAGUCUCUCAGGCUGUAUGAUCUCAGAGGAAGGGUGUACUUCUCUGGCCUCAGCUCCGAGCUCCAACCCCUCCCAUCUGAGAGUGCUGGACCUGAGCUACAAUCAUCCAGGAGACUCAGGAGUGAAGCGGCUUUCUGCUUUACUGGAGGAUCCAGACUGCAGACUGGACACUCUCAGGGUGGACCAUGGUGGACCACAGAGACUGAGACCUGGUCUGAAGAAGUAUGUCUGGGAACUGGAACUGGACACAAACACAGUACACAGAAGACUCAAACUGUCCGACAACAACAGGAAGGUGACAGGUGUGAUGAAGGAUCAGUCAUAUCCUGAUCAUCCAGACAGAUUUGACUGCUGGCUUCAGCUGCUGUGUAGAGAUGGUCUGACUGGUCGCUGUUACUGGGAGGUCGAGAGGAGAGGAGGGGUUGAUAUAUCAGUGAGUUACAGAGGAAUCAGAAGGAAAGGAUACAGUAGAGACUGUGUGUUUGGAUGUAAUGAUCAUUCCUGGAGUCUGUACUGCUCUGAUGAACGUGGUUACUCUGUCAGGCACAAUAACAGAAGAACAUUCCUCACUUCCUGCUCUGUCUCUAACAGAGUAGCAGUGUAUGUGGACGUUCCUGCUGGCUCUCUGUCCUUCUACACAGUCUCCUCUGACUCACUGAUCCACCUCCACACCUUCAACACCACAUUCACUCAGCCUCUCUUUCCUGGGUUUGGGGUCUGGUCUGGUUCCUCAGUGUCUCUGUGUCUUCUGCAGGACUGAGAGUCUCUCCUGUGGACAGAAACACUGACUGAAGACCAGCUGCUGAAAUCAGAGUUCAGUCUGUUCACCAUCACACACACUCUGCACUGUGAAGCAGAUCUGAUCAGAUCUGUCUCCUCGUGUUAUUUUGUCUCACAAAGUCAUAAUUAAAGUCAUAAAGUCAAAGGUAUAACUACUGGGGGGGGGGGGGCAGUAGCUCAGUCCGUAGGGAGUUGGGUUGGCUGAUUUAUUCAUCUGACUUGUAGAAUAACGUCAAUGAUCGACUUGUUUUAAAUGUCGGGGAAUGUGGAACAACUUAAUGCA